AUGGAUCUUUCUGAUGCACGUCUGGACACAAUUGAGGCGCAGAGGUCAACGGAUGUGUGCCAUGACCAACGGAGACGAAGAUCCUUCCGCUGGGAUUUGAUAAACAAAGGUGCAGGCAUGAUCAGAUCACGAGGUUUCAAUCAAAGCGGGGAAAAGUGUGUGCCGCCACUUAUAGAAGACACUGAAUAUAUGCAACAGAUCCGUACCAAUCUCAGGUUGUCGGAUCUUUACAACUUGCCUGGUGAAUAUGUGUCCAUGAAUCCAGAGAUCUUUAGCGCAAUGAGAAGUGGAAACAUAACGAUUAUGGAGAAGAUGAGGACAAAGGAAACACCAAUGGCAUGUUACAAGAACGAUACAGGAGAUUCUAUUCUUCACAUUGCUGCUUCUUGGGGUCAUCUUGAAUUAGUGAAAGAGAUAAUCUUUGAAUGCCCAUCUCUUCUAUUGGAGCUAAACUCGAAGUAUCGGCUUCCGCUUCAUGAGGCGGCUCGUGCUGGCUAUUCAGCAGUUGUGAAGGUUCUUGUUGAGGCGUUAACGUGUUUUUCAGCUAUAUUUUGUGAAGAAGAUAGGGAGAGCGUAAAUCUAUAUGUUUUGAAGGACAUAAAUGGAGAUACUGCUCUGCACUUAGCCUUGAAAGACCUUCACAAAAAAGCAGAGCUUCGGAUGUAUCAGAAAGGUAUCGUAGAAAUACGACCAAUGUCUCAUUCGAUUAUGCAUAAACAAGUUAUUUCAUUUAGUGAUACAUCAACAUGCCAAAUGGAGAUAGCUGCCUGUCUGGUGAAAGCGAACCAACAGGCUUCGUUUCUUGCGAAUAAAGAUGGAGUUUCUCCCUUGUAUAUGGCUAUAGAAGCUGGUAAUAUCUCACUUGUGAAUGCAAUGUUGAACCUUCCUGAUAAUAACGUCCAAGGUAAAACGUUUGACGUAGCCUCGAGAUUAGAAGGGAGAAAAUCGCUUGUACACGCAGCUCUAAAGGCUAAGAAUACAGAUGUUCUUGAUGUUAUUCUAAAUGAAUAUCCUAGGCUUGUCAACGAGCGAGAUGAAGAAGGGCGAACAUGUCUUUCCGUUGGGGCAUCAGUAGGGUUUUAUAAAGGCAUAUACAAGCUAUUAGUCCUAUCAACACCACCAAAUGUUUAUGAAUGUGAUGACGAUGGUUCUUUUUCAAUCCAUAAGGCAGUAGAGAAAGGUCAUAUGGAUAUUGUUGAAGAGCUGCUGAAACGUUGUCCAGAUUCAACAUACUUGCUCAACAAGCAAGGUCAGAACAUUCUUCACAUCACAGCAAAGAGUGGAAAAGCUGAAUCUUUUCUUUUGGGUCAUGUAAGGAAAGUUGAUAGGAAGAAUCAUCUGAUUGAGGAGCAAGAUGUAGAUGGGAAUACACCUUUGCACCUAGCCACCAUAAAUUGGCGCCCUCGAACUCUUUGGAAACUUACUGAGCUUGCUUUGACCAACCCAAAAAUCUUGAAUAUACGAAACAAAGAUGGCUUAAGACCUUUUGAUAUUGCGAAGUUAAAACUUCAAUCUGAUUACAUUUUCCGAGAGAGAAUGACGUUGGUGGUGUUGAUGCGCAUUUACACACCGGGAGAUUUUGUAUGGAUGCCGUUGAAUGGGAUGACACUGAAAAGCAUAUCAGAGAAGCGCCUACCUGGUGGGAACAAAUACAAAGACCAAAUAAAUAUUCUUCUGUUGGUGGCAGCCCUUGUAGCCACCAUGACGUUUGCUGCAGGUUUUACAAUGCCAGGUGGCUUUAGCAGCUCUGCUCCUAACUUGGGCAUGGCCAUUUUGGCUGAUGAAAGAAACAUCCUUAGUUUUGUGAUGUUUGACACAGUUGCAAUGCAAUGCUCUUUUGUAGCAAUAGUUUCUCUUGUUUGGGCUCAGCUGGGGGAUACAGAUAUCGUUGACAGGGCCUUUAGGGUGGCAUUGCCAACACUAUUCCUUUCUCUGAUCUUCAUGUCCCUUGCAUUCGUCUGUGGCGUGCUGGCGACAAUAAAGCAGAACAAGACGCUUUACUACACUGUUUCCACCAUAUCAGCCAUCUUCUAUAUUGUGAUUCUUUUUAUCCUUCUCCCUUACGUUAUCCCGCAAAAACGUGCUGGUAGUUUUCUCCCUCUUCUUUUGUGGUUUGUUAAUGAAGACGACGUUGAAAAAAAUCACACUUCUGAUAUGCUUGUGAAGAAAGUGGAGUUGGUGGGAUCCUCAAGCGACGAUCAUAAAAGAUAA